UUUCUUUCAAAAGUCACGGAAAAAACUCGUUUUGCUGGAGGCUCAUGCGAUUAAUAAUUAAUCCAUUGAGUUAUUUCAAGACUGCAAAGUUUGUUUUUCGUUUGCACAGCGGUGUUCGUGGAGUGCGUUACUUUAAAAAUUCCAACAUGGCCGAUUCGUACAAGGACUUUGGACCUCUAGUUGGCGCUAUUGAUCAGGGAACAUCCAGUAGCCGAUUCCUUUUGUUUGCAAGUAAGACAGCAGAACUCCUGGCAUUUCACCAAGUAGAAUUUGACAGUAUUUAUCCCAAAGAAGGAUGGGUAGAACAAGAUCCAAAAGCUCUCUUAUCAUCAGUAUACAAAUGUAUGGAGCAAACUUUGCAAAGCUGCAAAGAGCUUAAGAUAAACCCUGCAGAUAUAAAAGCUGUUGGGAUAACGAACCAAAGAGAGACAACAGUAGUAUGGGACAGACUAUCUGGAGAACCACUCCAUAAUGCUAUAGUUUGGCUUGACACAAGAACAAAAUCAACUGUAGAACGAUUUGUGGCAGCAAAUCCAAAAAGUACCUUAGAAACUGUCAGAUCUUUGUGUGGACUUCCAAUCAACACCUACUUCAGUGCUGUCAAGUUAAAAUGGCUAAUGGAUAAUAGUGAAAAAGUGAAAAAAGCUGUUGAUGAGAAAAGAUGUAUGUUUGGAACUGUAGACAGCUGGCUUUUAUGGAAUAUGACAGGGGGAGUUUCAGGAGGCAUUCAUGUGACGGACAUCACCAAUGCAUCAAGGACAAUGUUAAUGAAUCUCAAGACYGGUUCUUGGGACCCUUUCCUAUGCAACUUUUUUGGUAUACCAACAACAGUUUUACCAACCAUWAAAAGUUCCUCAGAAAUAUAUGGCAAAAUGGUUGAAGGGCCUCUAAAAGGAACUCCAAUAUCAGGGGUUCUUGGUGACCAACAAGCAGCUUUAGUAGGUCAGAUGUGUUUUAACAAAGGAGAAGCUAAGAACACCUAUGGUACAGGGUGUUUUCUUCUCUACAAUACAGGACUUGAGCCUGUUUUGUCUGAGAAUGGUUUAUUGACRACAGUUGCCUACAAACUGGGACCAGGUCAACCAACAGUUUACGCCUUGGAGGGUUCAGUGGCCAUUGCUGGUGCUGCUGUCAAGUGGCUCAGAGACAACUUAAAUAUGCUCAAAACRUCAUCAGAAAUUGAAUCUUUGGCUAAAAGUGUGACUAGUUCAGCUGGUGUUUAUUUUGUUCCUGCAUUCUCUGGUUUGUACGCUCCUUACUGGCAAAUGGAUGCUAGAGGAAUCAUCAUUGGUCUGACCCAGUAUACCAAUAAAGCCCACAUUGCCAGGGCAACAUUAGAAGCUGUGUGUUUUCAAACAAGAGAGUUACUUGAUGCAAUGAAUGAAGAUUGUGGUAUACCCUUAGCUAGUCUGUUGGUUGAUGGUGGCAUGACUGCCAAUAACCUACUCAUGCAACUACAGGCUGAUAUCCUUGGUAUAAAUGUCGAGCGCCCUACAAUGCCAGAGACUACAGCACUUGGUGCUGCAAUGGCUGCUGGGGCAGCUAAGGGGAUAGAGGUAUGGGAACUAAACCCAGAGGAUAAGUCACAGAUUAACACUGAUGUAUUCAAACCUGCUAUGGACAUUAAAGAUCGAGAUGGACAUUAUAAUAAGUGGAAGAAAGCAGUAAAGAGAUGCAUGAAGUGGGAAGUGAAUGAAGAGGAGGUCCCUAGUGGCACCUCAUAAAGGAUUUGUUUUUAUUUUUAAGAUUACUCAAGAACAACAGGAAUACUUGGUCCUUCAUUGUUCYUGUUUGGAAGUGUAGCCAUUGUAUUAUUAGCAGCCAAAUUAUCAUGACACUUGAUUCAAAAUUAGCAAAAUUUAUUAGUGAUUAUUGUAAGUAAUAUAUAAAUAACCAUGUACAUAAGGGUCUUUAUGAGAAAAUAUAAAAUAUAUCAUUGCCUU